UGGCGGGUUAAGACAUGCGGAAUCUGCCGUUUGUUUGGGUGUGCUACCGAACCCUACCCCUAGGUCUGCUGCUUCACCUCUGUCCCUUCUCCACCGAUGCACCCCGGUGGCGGCAGCGUGGCCGUGAAGCAGGUGACGAGGCCCAAUUUCAACGCGGCACUGGAGGGCCUUAGGGCCUGCGUGGAGGAGUCGGACUUCGUGGCUGUUGACCUUGAGAUGACUAGUGUGACGAGUGCCCCAUGGCGGGACUCGUUCGAGUUUGACCGAUCCGAUGUCCGUUACCUUAAGCUGAAGGACCCCGCUGAGAAGUUCGUUGUCGUGCAGUUCGGUGUCUGCCCCUUCCGCUGGGAUUCAUCCAAGGGCUCCUUCUUCGCCCAUCCGCAUAACUUCUAUAUCUUUCCACAGAAAGAGUUGCCACUUCAUGGGCCACCUGAUGAUUUUCUAUGGCAAGCAACAUCCAUCGACUUCCUUGCUAAAUACCAAUUUGACUUCAAUGCAUGCAUAUAUGAAGGUGCUUUUCUCAAUCAAGUUCUUCGCAUCCUACUAUACAUACAGUGUUGCCUUUCCAUCAUACCACUAAAAGAUAAGUCUCAAUCAGUGUUCUAUCUAGUUAGUCAUUUAUUAAAUCUGGAGAGGCAAGGGGACUCCUUCCAUAGCUUGUUGGGUGGUUGUGGGUUCACUUGCCCUUUUUAUCUGUUAGCAGUUUCUUGUGUUGUGUCAUAGAACGCAUCAAUUGUAGUUACCAGUGUAUAUUUGAUGUGUUAGUGUGUCUACUAAAAGUCUAGCUUUUGUAAACAUUUAUUUUGAAAUAAAGAAUCACAUUGGUCAAAAA